CAAAAUUACACCUCUGUAUACACAUUUGUACAAAUACAUUCGUCAUUUACGAAAAUGAAACCGAUCAUCACGGAUUGCUUCAUUUGCGCCAUACGACCCCUAAUUUCCUUGGGCGCUACAGUGAGUUACAUCGCAACCCCCGAUUGCCCUCACAGGGCAAACUCCCUUUCCAAUCAUCCUCACAAACCCAAAUUCUUAUACAGCAAAUCCAAAACCCUCUUCGCCACGUCCUGGAUCCUGAUCGUCCUCGCCGAAUUAAUCUACAUAUGCCGAUGCUUGCGCCAGAACGAAACCCCACCGGAGAAAAAAGCUAAUUACACCUUCAUGUUUCCCGCUUUGCUCAACACCCUCUGUUUCAGCAUGUCUUUCAUCGUGUACAACAAAGAUUACAUGCUAUUCACCAACGGAUUCCUCGAAAUAAUCGAGCAAAGGAAAUUAUACGGAAUUGAUACUAUGUUAACUAGCAAAAUCAUGGGCUACUACUCGAUUUAUUCCAAAUGUAUGAGUAUUUUACAUUGCUCGACUGCGGUGCUUCAAGUGCUGGUGUUUCUGUACAAAAUGGAGCGAUUUGAACUCGAUUACAUCGGUUUAACACUAGCUCUUUUAGUGUGUACAGUAAACACAGGAAGUUACGUAGCUUUUUUCGUAUCGACCAUCACCGUCUACUACAUUAUGCUGAGUAAAAUGCGCGAGGAAAUCGAAACCGCCCUGCAUAGAAAAGAGGAGACGCUUUCGGAGAAGUUGAGGAUCUUGCAGAGGUUUUAUUUGCUGUGUGUGUUCAAUUACAAGCGGCACAUUUUCGCGUACGGGACGAUGCUGAUGCAUUUCACUCAGUUUUUGUUCGAAGUGGCAUCGCUGGUGGAUUAUUUGCUGAACGCGUAUUUCCUUACAGACGACGACGAGUUUCACUGGAUGGCGGCUUUCAGGGUGUUGUUUCUGAAUUACGGGAACGCGUUUAUCGGAUUUUACAUUUGGCUUAUCAAUCAACUGAUUUUGAUAGGCGACGAUCUACUGUCAUUUCUUUACAAAUAUCCGAUAAAUCGAUUAUCUCGAAGUGAAGCCAGCCAGGUUGAAAUGUUAAUUUUGACUUUGACAUUAGAGAAACCGAUAUUAAGAGCAUCGGAUAUUUUCACAGUAGGCACCGUCUUAUUAUCAACGGUAAGCGGAAAUGCUGUUACUUACGUGUUGGUAGCUUUGCAGUUUAACGUACUUGCAGUAUUUUCCAAUUGAUCUGAAAUAUCUAAAUCGUUUGU